AUGGUAAGUCAUAAAUACUUAAAUGUCGCCAAGUAUCAAGUUGGAAUCGAGUCUCGUGUACAAGCCAUCAAUGCGCUUUUAAGAAUUGAAAUGAGUGACAUAUGCAUGGUAGGAAUUUCUGGAGUUGGUGGAAUAGGUAAGACAACUAUCGCCAAAGCGAUCUAUAACUCGAUUGCUUGUCAAUUUGAAGCUACCUGUUUUCUUGCAAACGUUAGAGAAAAUUCAAAGCAAGAGUGCGGUCUAGUCCAAUUGCAAGAGACACUUCUUUUUGAGAUCCUAGGCGACUCAAGUUUGAAGAUUGACAUUGUUGAUCGAGGAAUCACUAUUAUAAAGGAAAGGCUUUGCAAUAAAAAGGUUCUUUUAGUUAUUGAUGAUGUGGAUCAAUUGAUCCAAUUAAAAACAUUAUCCGGAGAACAUGAUUGGUUCGGUUUGGGAAGUAGAAUCAUCAUAACAACAAGAGAUGAACAUUUACUAACUAAGCACAAUGUUCGCUUAUACAAGAUGAAUGGAUUGGAUCACAAUGAAGCUCUCCAGCUCUUUAGUCAACAUGCCUUCCAAAGUGACAAACCUAAUGAUGAUUUUUUGAAACUCACAAAAGAUGCAUUACGCUAUGCUGGGCGCCUCCCACUAGUUCUAAAAGUGCUAGGUUCGAAUCUAUUCGGAAGAGACAAAAAUCAUUGGAAAAGUGAAUUGAAAAAGUACAAAAAAAUUAAGGAGAAAAAUAUUCUUGAAAAGCUUAAAAUAAGUUAUAAUGGAUUGGAGGAAAGUGAGAAGAAUAUUUUCCUUGACAUUGCUUGUUUCUUCAAAUGGGAGAAUGUAGAAUAUGUCACUAAAAUACUAGACAAUUGUGAUUUCGUUCCAUACAUUGGUAUUAAAGUGCUUAUGGAUAAAUCUUUCAUAACUAUUGAUGGGCUUAACAGAUUGGACAUGCACGACUUAUUGCAAGAUAUGGGCAGAGAAAUUGUUCGUCAAGAAUCACCCAAAAAACCUGGCAAACGUAGUACGUUGUGGUUUCAUGAAGACGUCCGUUCUGGAACAAACAAAAUUCAAGGCAUAUUAGUGGACUUGCCGGAACGAGACUUGAAAUGCUUGAGUUCCAAAACAUUCAAGAAGAUGAAACGCCUGAGAUUGUUUAUAAAUCAUAAUGCAAGCUUCUUUAGAGAGCUUGGUCAUCUCUCUUACGAGUUAAGAGUGUUGGAUUUGAUUGAAUGUCCUUUACAAUCUUUACCAUCCAAUUUUCACGGAAAGAAACUUGUCGUUUUUAGAAUACAUAAUAGCCCCCUUAAGGAUCUGAAGCAAGCAUUCGAGAAUUUGGAAAACCUGAGAAUUAUAAAAUUCUCUGAGUGUAAAUUCAUAACAAAAAUCCCUGAUAUUUCAAGGAUCUCAAAUUUAGAGGAAUUAUGUGUUUCAAGAUGCGAAAGUUUAGUUGAGGUUCAUGACUCUGUUGGAUUCCUUGAUAAGCUUACCGUUCUGUCAUUUUACAAAUGCUCUAACCUUAUCAACUUGCCAAGAAGCCUCAGGUUGAGAUCUCUCAAAACUCUUGACCUCGAACAUUGUUCGAGGCUCGAGAACUUUCUUGAAAUUGAGUGUAAAAUGGAAUGCUUGAGUCGACUUCAAUUGAGCCACACUGCUAUGAAAGAACUGCCUUCAUCCAUUGUAUAUCUCACUGGGCUUUCAGAACUGUUUCUAACAAGUUGCGAAAACCUUACACAUCUCCCAAGUAGCAUUCAUCAGUUGCAGCAUCUAAAGACUCUUUCUGUCAUCGGAUGUUUGAGACUCGUUAAGCUUUCAACGAAUGAAUCUACAAUUUCAUCUAGUACAGAGUUAUUCUCAUCGCCUCCUUCAGAAUUAUUCUCAUUACCUCCUUCAGCGAAUUCAGGCAUUUCAAAUGGUGGUUGUUCCUCAAUUUUCAGUAAGGACCCCUUUAAUGAUUGUUAA